CGUCACGUGACGACACCACGUGACUGGGUUCACAGUUGAAAGUCACUGCGGCUCAGAGUCCUCUGUGGUCCUAAGCAUGGCGGUCCUAGUGGGACACCGAGCCCUGCUGCAAGCCUUCCGCGGGAAGGCACCGGGCCAUGCCGGUGUGUGUCGGCUGGCCGCGGCCUUCUCCUGCCCGAGACAGGACGCUUUCCCCGGGAAGGUCUCGCCUUCUUCUGGCCUCAACGGUCGCGGAGCAGGGACACGACACUACAGCUCGGACCCGAAGGAGGACCUGCGCGUCCGAUACCUGGACGGAGAAGACGCCGGUAUUGUCGUCAUGGGGAUAAAUCGACCCAAAGCCAAAAAUGCCAUCAGCAAAAAUCUGGUUAAUAUGAUGUUUGAGGCGGUGGAUGACAUCAAGAAGGAUAACAAAGUGCGCAGUGUGAUUCUGUGCAGUUUGGUUCCUGGGAUCUUCUGUGCAGGUGCAGACCUGAAGGAGAGGGCCAAGAUGCACCAGAGUGAAGUGGGACCGUUUGUGUCCAAAGCCAGAGCACUCAUCACAGAGCUGGGUAACCUCCCCGUACCAACCAUCGCUGCCAUUGAUGGAGCCGCCUUAGGAGGGGGCUUGGAAAUGGCCCUCGCUUGUGACAUCAGGAUUGCCUCCAAUACUGCCAAGAUGGGGUUGGUGGAGACCAAACUCGCGAUUAUUCCUGGAGCAGGUGGGACUCAGCGUCUCCCCAGGCUGAUUAGUGUCUCUCUUGCCAAGGAGCUCAUCUUCGCUGCUCGGGUGGUGGACGGAGCCGAGGCCCGUCUCCUGGGCCUGACCAAUCAUUCCGUGGAGCAGAAUAACAGUGGAGACGCUGCCUACCUGCGGGCCCUGGAGCUCGCCCGCGAGAUCAACCCUCAGGGUCCCAUUGCAAUAAGGAUGGCAAAACUGGCGAUCAACCAGGGCAUCGAGGUGGAUUUAUCUACUGGUCUGGCAAUUGAAGAAGCAUGCUAUGCCCAGGUGAUACCAACUAAAGAUCGAUUGGAGGGUUUGGCUGCGUUCAAGGAGAAGAGGCGUCCUCAGUUCAAGGGGCAGUGAAGGCCCCCUGCUUCCAGAACCAAUCAGAGUUCUGCCUUCAGCGCUCCUACUACCCACUGCUUCCACCAUGCUGCGGGUGAAACUGUCCACGUCGACGCCCAGGCGACGUCUGGUAGACCGCAGGACGCUAGGGCCGCUCCUGGCUGGUGGUUUCACCAGAGUAAAGCACGCCCAGCAAGCAAACUAACCAAUCAUUGGCCACUGCUUACAGUACGAAAACUUCACUUAACUAUCUCAAUUAGCAAUCUAAAACAUCAAAUUACUUCAAAUGGCUAGUGAUCUUUGCAUUAUGAUCGGUAGUUUGUCACUAACCUCUUUGACUAAUAAUCAAUCAUCCAGCCACUGACAUGUCUGAAUGCUUUACAGAAAUGAUGCAUCAGAAAGA